CUCGGGCUCCGGGCCAUGGCGCCGCCGCCGCCCGUGCUGCCCGUGCUGCUGCUCCUGGCCGCCGCCGCCGCCCUGCCGGCGCUGGGGCUGCGAGCGGCGGCCUGGGAGCUGCGCGUACCUGGCGGGGCCCGCGCCUUCGCCCUCGGGCCGGGCGGUACCUACGCGGUGGGCGCCGCGCAAACGCCCCGGGAGCUGCUGGACGUGGGCCGCGAGGGGCGGCUGGCAGGACGGCGGCGCGUCUCGGGCGCCGGGCCCCGGGGCUGCAUGCACCUGGCGGGGCGCCCGUUGCCGCUGCAAGUCCGCUUGGCAGCCCGCGGUGCCCCGACAGCGCUGAGCCUCCGCCUGCGGCCGCGCGCGCACCAUCCCGGCUGCCGAGCCCGUGCCCGACGCGCGCGGGCUGUCCUCCCAGGACCUGGGCUCUGCGGGGCGCUCUGCUUCCCCGUCCCCGGUGGCUGCGCGGCCGCGCAGCGUUCAGUGCUCGCAGUUCUGACCACCAUCCCCGCCUGCAGCUGCCCACCGCGUCCCGGGCCCCGCUGUCCCGGCCGCCCCAUCUGCCUGUGUCUCCUGUGUGCCCUGCGAUGCGCGGCUGGCGCCGUCCGGGUGGAGCUGGCCCUGGAGGCCGCUGCCUCGGGGACUCCCUCCGCGUCGCCAUCGCCAUCGCCGCCGCCGAACUUGCCUCAAACCCGGGCCGGGCCGGUGCGACGGGCCCGGCGGGGCACGAGCGGCCGAGGGAGCCUGAAGUUCCCGAUGCCCAACUACCAAGUGGCGUUGUUUGAGAACGAGCCGGCGGGCACACCCCUCCUCCAGCUUCACGCGCACUACACCAUCGAGGGCGAGGAGGAGCGCGUGAGCUAUUACAUGGAGGGGCUGUUCGACGAGCGCUCCCGCGGCUACUUCCGCAUCGACUCCGCCACGGGCGCGGUGAGCACGGCCAGCGAGCUGGACCGCGAGACCAAGGAGACGCACGUGCUCAGGGUAAAAGCCGUGGACUACAGCACGCCGCCGCGCUCGGCCACCACCUACAUCACCGUCUUGGUCAAAGACACCAACGACCACAGCCCGGUCUUCGAGCAGUCGGAGUACCGCGAGCGCGUGCGGGAGAACCUCGAGGUGGGCUACGAGGUGCUGACCAUCCGCGCCAGCGACCGCGACUCGCCAGUCAACGCCAACAUGCGCUACCGCAUGCUGGGGGGCGCGUGGGACGUCUUCCAGCUGAACGCAAGCUCCGGCGUGGUGAGCACGCGCGCGGUGCUGGACCGGGAGGAGGCGGCCGAGUACCAGCUGCUCGUGGAGGCCAGCGACCAGGGCCGCAACCCGGGCCCGCUCAGCGCCACGGCCACCGUGUACAUCGAGGUGGAGGACGAGAAUGACAACUACCCCCAGUUCAGCGAGCAGAACUACGUGGUCCAGGUGCCCGAGGACGUGGGGCUCAACACGGCUGUGCUGCGCGUGCAGGCCACGGACCGGGACCAGGGCCAGAACGCGGCCAUUCACUACAGCAUCCUCAGCGGGAACGUGGCCGGGCAGUUCUACCUGCACUCGCUGAGCGGGAUCCUGGAUGUGAUCAACCCCCUGGAUUUCGAGGAUGUCCAGAAGUAUUCGCUGAGCAUCAAAGCCCAGGAUGGGGGCCGGCCCCCGCUCAUCAAUUCCUCUGGGGUGGUGUCAGUGCAGGUGCUGGAUGUCAAUGACAACGAGCCCAUCUUUGUGAGCAGCCCCUUCCAGGCCACGGUGCUAGAGAACGUGCCCCUGGGCUACUCCGUGGUGCACAUUCAGGCGGUGGACGCGGACUCGGGGGAGAACGCCCGGCUGCACUACCGCCUGGUGGACACGGCCUCCGCCUUUCUGGGGGGCGGCAGCGCUGGGCCUAAGAACCCUGUCCCGGCCCCAGACUUCCCCUUCCAGAUCCACAACAGCUCCGGUUGGAUCACUUUGUGUGCGGAGCUGGACCGUGAGGAGGUGGAGCAUUACAGCUUCGGGGUGGAGGCCGUGGACCACGGCUCGCCCCCCAUGAGCUCCUCCACCAGCGUCUCCAUCACGGUGCUGGACGUGAACGACAACGACCCGGUGUUCACACAGCCCACCUACGAGCUGCGUCUGAACGAGGAUGCGGCCGUGGGGAGCAGCGUGCUGACCCUGCAGGCCCGCGACCGCGACGCCAACAGCGUGAUCACCUACCAGCUCACGGGCGGCAACACCCGGAACCGCUUUGCGCUCAGCAGCCAGAGGGGGGGCGGCCUCAUCACCCUGGCGCUACCUCUGGACUACAAGCAGGAGCAGCAGUACGUGCUGGCGGUGACCGCGUCCGACGGCACACGGUCACACACCGCGCAUGUCCUCAUCAACGUCACCGAUGCCAACACCCACCGGCCGGUCUUUCAGAGCUCCCAUUAUACGGUGAGCGUCAGUGAGGACAGGCCUGUGGGCACCUCCAUUGCUACCCUCAGUGCGAACGACGAGGACACAGGAGAGAACGCCCGCAUCACCUACGUGAUUCAGGACCCCGUGCCGCAGUUCCGCAUUGACCCCGACAGUGGCAUCAUGUACACCAUGAUGGAGCUGGACUAUGAGCAGCAGGUCGCCUACACGCUGACCAUCAUGGCCCUGGACAACGGCAUCCCGCAGAAGUCGGACACCACCACCCUGGAGAUCCUCAUCCUCGAUGCCAACGACAACGCACCCCAGUUCCUGUGGGAUUUCUACCAGGGUUCCAUCUUUGAGGAUGCUCCGCCCUCAACCAGCAUCCUCCAGGUCUCUGCCACGGACCGGGACUCGGGUCCCAAUGGGCGUUUGCUGUACACCUUCCAGGGUGGGGAUGACGGCGAUGGGGACUUCUACAUUGAGCCCACGUCUGGUGUCAUCCGCACCCAGCGCCGGCUGGACCGGGAGAACGUGGCCGUGUACAAUCUUUGGGCUGUGGCUGUGGAUCGCGGCAGCCCCACUGCCCUUAGCGCCUCGGUGGAAGUCCAGGUGACCAUCUUGGACAUUAAUGACAACGCCCCCAUGUUCGAGAAGGACGAGCUGGAGCUGUUUGUAGAGGAGAACAACCCAGUGGGGUCGGUGGUGGCAAAGAUCCGAGCUCAGGACCCUGACGAAGGCCCCAAUGCCCAGAUCAUGUAUCAGAUUGUGGAGGGCGACAUGAGGCAUUUCUUCCAGCUGGACCUGCUGAACGGGGACCUGCGUGCCCUGGUGGAGCUGGACUUUGAGGUCCGGCGGGAGUAUGUGCUGGUGGUGCAGGCCACGUCGGCCCCACUGGUGAGCCGAGCCACGGUGCACAUUCUUCUCGUGGACCAGAAUGACAACCCUCCGGUACUGCCCGACUUCCAGAUCCUCUUCAACAACUAUGUCACCAACAAGUCGAACAGCUUCCCCACCGGCGUGAUCGGCCGCAUCCCAGCCCAUGACCCCGACGUGUCGGACAGCCUCAACUACACCUUCCUGCGUGGCAACGAGCUGCACCUGUUGCUACUGGACCCCGCCACGGGCGAGCUGCAGCUCAGCCGGGACCUGGACAACAACCGGCCGCUGGAGGCGCUCAUGGAGGUGUCCGUGUCUGACGGCAUCCACAGCGUCACGGCCCUCUGCACCCUGCGUGUCACCAUCAUCACGGACGACAUGCUGACCAACAGCAUCACCGUCCGCCUGGAAAACAUGUCCCAGGAGAAGUUCCUGUCCCCACUGCUAGCCCUGUUCGUGGAGGGGGUGGCCGCGGUGCUGUCCACCAGCAAGGAGGACGUCUUCGUCUUCAACGUCCAGAACGACACCGACGUCAGCGCCAACAUCCUGAACGUGACCUUCUCGGCGCUGCUGCCCGGCGGCGUCCGCGGCCAGUUCUUCCCGUCGGAGGACCUGCAGGAGCAGAUCUACCUGAACCGGACGCUGCUGACCACCAUCUCCACGCAGCGCGUGCUGCCCUUCGACGACAACAUCUGUCUGCGAGAGCCCUGCGAGAACUACAUGAAGUGCGUCUCCGUGCUGCGCUUCGACAGCUCGGCGCCCUUCCUCAGCUCCACCACCGUGCUCUUCCGGCCCAUCCACCCCAUCAACGGCCUGCGCUGCCGGUGCCCGCCCGGCUUCACCGGGGACUACUGCGAGACGGAGAUCGACCUCUGCUACUCCAGCCCGUGCGGCGCCCACGGCCGCUGCCGCAGCCGCGAGGGCGGCUACACCUGCGAGUGCUUCGAGGACUUCACGGGAGAGCACUGCGAGGUGGACGCCCGCUCAGGCCGCUGUGCCAACGGGGUGUGCAAGAACGGGGGCACCUGUGUGAACCUGCUCAUCGGCGGCUUCCACUGCGUGUGCCCCCCCGGCGAGUACGAGAGGCCCUACUGCGAGGUCACUACCAGGAGCUUCCCGCCCCGGUCCUUUGUCACCUUCCGGGGCCUGAGACAGCGCUUCCACUUCACCGUCUCCCUCACGUUUGCCACCCAGGAGAGGAACGGCCUGCUGCUCUACAAUGGCCGCUUCAACGAGAAGCACGACUUCAUUGCCCUGGAGGUUGUGGACGAGCAGGUGCAGCUCACCUUCUCUGCAGGUGAGACGACCACCACCGUGGCUCCGAAGGUUCCUGGCGGUGUGAGUGACGGGCAGUGGCACUCGGUGCAGGUGCAGUACUACAACAAGCCCAACAUCGGCCACUUGGGCCUGCCCCACGGGCCGUCCGGGGAGAAGAUGGCCGUGGUGACGGUGGAUGACUGUGACACAACCAUGGCUGUACGCUUUGGAAAUGACAUUGGAAACUACAGCUGUGCCGCCCAGGGCACUCAGACUGGCUCCAAGAAGUCCCUGGAUCUGACUGGCCCUCUGCUCCUGGGGGGCGUCCCCAACCUGCCGGAAGACUUCCCGGUGCACAACCGGCAGUUCGUGGGCUGCAUGCGGAACCUGUCGGUCGACGGCAAAAACGUGGACAUGGCUGGAUUCAUCGCCAACAAUGGCACCAGGGAAGGCUGUGCUGCCCGGAGGAACUUCUGUGACGGGAGACGCUGUCAGAACGGGGGCACCUGUGUCAAUAGGUGGAACAUGUACCUGUGUGAGUGUCCGCUCCAAUUCGGCGGGAAGAACUGCGAGCAAGCCAUGCCCCACCUGCAGCUCUUCAGUGGUGAGAGCAUCGUGUCCUGGAGCGACCUGAAUGUCAUCAUCUCUGUGCCCUGGUACCUGGGGCUCAUGUUCCGGACCCGGAAGGAGGACAGCGUUCUGAUGGAAGCCACCAGCGGCGGGUCCACUAGCUUUCGUCUCCAGAUCCUCAACAGCCACCUCCAGUUCGAGGUGUCCCACGGGCCCUCCGGCGUGGAGUCCAUGGUGCUGUCCGGGUUGCGUGUGACCGACGGGGAGUGGCACCACCUGCUGAUCGAGCUGAAGAACGUGAAGGAGGACAGUGAAAUGAAGCACCUGGUGACCAUGACCUUGGACUAUGGGAUGGACCAGAGCAGGGCAGAUAUCGGGGGCAUGCUUCCCGGGCUGACGAUAAGGAGCAUGGUGGUCGGGGGCGCCUCUGAAGACAAGGUCUCCGUGCGCCGUGGGUUCCGAGGCUGCAUGCAGGGAGUGAGGAUGGGGGGGACGCCCACCAAUGUGGCCACCCUGAACAUGAACAACGCCCUCAAGGUCAGGGUGAAGGACGGCUGUGAUGUGGAGGACCCUUGUACCUCGAGCCCCUGUCCCCCCCACAGCCGCUGCCACAAUGCCUGGGAGGACUACAGCUGCGUCUGUGACAAAGGGUACCUCGGGAGAGACUGUGUGGACGCCUGUCACCUGAACCCCUGCGAGAACAUGGCGGCCUGCGUGCGCUCCCCCGGCUCCCCGCGGGGCUACGCGUGCGAGUGUGGGCCCAGCCACUACGGGCCGUACUGUGAGAGCAAACUCGACCUUCCGUGCCCCAGAGGCUGGUGGGGGAACCCCGUCUGUGGACCCUGCCACUGUGCUGUCAGCAAAGGCUUCGAUCCCGACUGUAAUAAGACCAAUGGCCAGUGCCAGUGCAAGGAGAAUUACUACCAGCCGCCGGCCCAGGACGCCUGCCUGCCCUGUGACUGCUUCCCCCACGGCUCCCACAGCCGCGCUUGCGACAUGGCCACUGGGCAGUGCGCCUGCAAGCCCGGUGUCAUCGGCCGCCAGUGCAACCGUUGUGACAACCCAUUCGCCGAGGUCACCACACUCGGCUGCGAAGUGAUCUACAACGGCUGUCCCAAAGCAUUUGAGGCCGGCAUUUGGUGGCCACAGACCAAGUUCGGGCAGCCGGCUGCAGUACCAUGCCCCAAAGGGUCUGUCGGAAAUGCAGUUCGACACUGCAGUGUGGAGAAGGGCUGGCUGCCGCCAGAGCUCUUUAACUGCACCACCAUCUCCUUCGUGGACCUCAGGACCAUGAAUGAGAAGCUGAGCCGCAACGAGACGCAGGUGGAUGGCACCGGGGCCCUGCGGCUGGCGAGGGCGCUGCGCAACGCCACACGGCACACGGCCACGCUCUCCGGCAAUGACGUGCGCACGGCCUACCAGCUGCUGGGCCGCAUCCUGCAGCACGAGAGCCAGCAGCAGGGCUUCGACCUGGCGGCCACACAGGAUGCUGACUUCCAUGAGGACGUCAUCCACUCGGGCAGCGCCCUCCUGGCCCCGGCCACCAGGGCGGCGUGGGAGCAGAUCCAGCGGAGCGAGGGUGGCACGGCACAGCUGCUCCAGCACCUCGAGGGCUACUUCAGCAACGUGGCACGCAAUGUGCGGCGGACGUACCUGCGGCCCUUCGUCAUUGUCACCGCCAACAUGAUUCUUGCUGUCGACAUCUUUGACAAGUUCAACUUCACGGGAGCCACUGUGCCACGGUUCAGCGCCAUUCAGGAAGAGUUCCCCAGGGAGCUGCAGUCCUCCGUCUCCUUCCCAGCUGACUUCUUCAAACCCCCUGAAGAGAAAGAAGGCCCCCUGGGGAGGCCAGCCGGACGGAGGACCACCACGCAGACCACGCGCCCGGGGCCAAGCACCGAGAGGGAGGCCCCGAUCAGCAGGCGGAGGCGACACCCCGAUGAUGCUGGCCAGUUCGCCGUCAUUCUGGUCAUCAUUUACCGUACCCUGGGGCAGUUCCUGCCCGAGCGCUAUGACCCAGACCGACGGAGCCUUCGGCUGCCUCACCGGCCCGUCAUUAAUACCCCGAUGGUGAGCACGCUGGUGUACAGUGAGGGGGCUCUGCUCCCAAGACCCCUGGAGAGGCCCGUCCUGGUGGAGUUUGCCCUGCUGGAGACGGAGGAGCGAACCAAGCCCAUCUGCGUGUUCUGGAACCACUCCCUGGCCGUCAGUGGGACGGGAGGGUGGUCUGCCCGGGGGUGUGAGCUCUUGUCCAGAAACCGGACGCACGUCGCAUGCCAGUGCAGCCACACGGCCAGCUUCGCGGUGCUCAUGGACAUCUCCAGGCGUGAGAAUGGGGAGGUCCUGCCGCUGAAGAUCGUCACCUACGCCGCCGUGUCCUUGUCGCUGGCAGCCCUGCUGGUGGCCUUCGUCCUCCUGAGCCUGGUCCGCACGCUGUGCUCCAACCUGCACAGCAUUCACAAGCACCUGGCCGCUGCACUUUUCCUCUCUCAGCUGGUGUUCGUGAUGGGGAUCAACCAGACGGAGAACCCGUUCCUGUGCACCGUGGUCGCCAUCCUCCUCCACUUCAUCUACAUGAGCACCUUCGCCUGGACCCUGGUGGAGAGCCUGCACGUGUACCGCGUGCUGACCGAGGUGCGCAACAUCGACGCGGGGCCCAUGCGGUUCUACUAUGUCGUGGGCUGGGGCCUCCCAGCCAUCGUCACAGGACUGGCGGUCGGCCUGGACCCCCAGGGCUACGGAAACCCUGACUUCUGCUGGCUGUCCCUUCAAGACACCCUGAUCUGGAGCUUUGCGGGGCCCGUUGGAGCUGUUAUGAUUAUCAAUACAGUCAUUUUUGUCCUAUCUGCAAAGGUUUCCUGCCAAAGAAAGCAUUAUUAUGAAAAAAAGGGGAUCGUCUCCCUGCUGAGGACCGCCUUCCUCCUGCUGCUGCUCAUCAGUGCCACCUGGCUGCUGGGGCUGCUGGCCGUGAACCGUGACGCUCUGAGCUUUCACUACCUCUUCGCUGUCUUCAGCGGCUUACAGGGCCCCUUCGUCCUCCUCUUCCACUGCGUGCUCAGCCAGGAGGUCCGGAAGCACCUGAAGGGCGUGCUCAGCGGGAGGAAGCUGCACCUGGAGGACUCCGCCACUACCAGGGCCAUGCUGCUGACGCGCUCCCUCAACUGCAACACCACCUUCGGUGACGGGCCGGACAUGCUGCGCACGGCCCUGGGCGAGUCCACCGCCUCGCUGGACAGCACCAUCAGGGAUGAAGGGGUCCAGAAGCUCAGCAUGUCCUCUGGGCAGGCACGGGGCAGCCACGGAGAGCCAGACUCGUCCUUCUUGCCUAAAGGCUCCAAAGACCCCUCUGGCCACGAUUCUGACUCGGACAGUGAGCUGUCCCUGGAUGAGCAGAGCAGCUCUUACGCCUCCUCACACUCGUCAGACAGCGAGGACGACGGGGUGGGGGCUGAGGAAAAAUGGGACCCGGCCAGGGGCGCCAUCCACAGCACCCCCAAAGGGGAUGCCGUGGUCAACCACGUCCCGGCCAUCUGGCCUAACCAGAGCCUAGGCGGCAGUGACAGUGAGGAUCCUGAGGAUCCCGGCAGCCAGCCCCGCCUGAAGGUGGAGACCAAGGUCAGCGUGGAACUGCACCUCGAGGAGCAGGGCGGUCACUGUGGCGAGAGCCCCCCAGACCGGGAGAGCGGGGGCACGGUCAGGCCUGCCAGCAGCCAGCCCCCGGAGCAGAGGAAAGGCAUCUUGAAAAAUAAAGUCACUUACCCACCGCCACUGACGCUGACGGAGCAGAUGCUGAAGGGCCGGCUCCGGGAGAAGCUGGCGCACUGUGAGCAGAGCCCCGCGUCCUCGCGCACAUCCUCCCUGGGCUCUGGGGCCCCGGAUGGCGCCAUCACGGUCAAGAAUCCCGGGAGGGAGCCGGGGCGUGAGCACCUCAAUGGGGCAGCCAUGAACGUGCGCACCGGGAGCACCCAGGCCGACGGCUCUGACUCCGAGUGAAGGCAGUAAUGAAACUUCAAUUUGAACCAUCAGGAAACCCUGAGGCAAGCCCAUCACCCCCACACAGGCUGCCGCGUCGCCGAGCCCUCGGACCUUGGAGCCCGAGGGGCCACUGCCUUUGGAGUGAAGUGGGCCCUGAGUGUGGUGGUCCCCACGGUGACAGCCCCCCAACUGAUCAUCCACACACAAAGGUCUUGGCCCUCCCAGGAGCUCAGGGUCUGUCAGACCUGGUAACAAGUGCCAAAGGCCACAGGCAUGAGGGGGGCGCGGACCACCAGGCCAGCACCGCUGGGUCCUAAGACUGCAGACAGAGCCAAAACGGUGAGCGGGGCCCCAGACCAGGCCCAAAGGCUGCCCAGAGUUCAGGGACAUUGGGCAGAGACCAAAGACUGUGGUCCAGCGCCGCCCGUGCAGACAUCUCACGGCAGUGCAGGGCCGUGGCUGGCAGCCCUUUGCAAAGACACUGCUUGUCUUAAAGUUGCUUUGCAAAUGUGGAGAAGGUGUAGAUGCUUUUAUACGUUUGUACGGGACUCUGAGGAGGUGAAACCUGUGUAUAUUUUGCAGUUGUGCUGACUUUGUUGAUCCCGGGAGAUCCAUGGAAUGAUCUCUUGCUGUCUUCUCUGUAAAGAAGAUUGCACAGUUGUACUUGAAUCUGGCAUGGGUUGACAAAACUGUCGCCCCAGCGGAUCAAAGGUGGACAAUACGUUGGCAGUGGGGCUAAAACCAAGCGGUUAGAAGCCCUACAGCUGCCUUUGGCCGGACAGCGAGGAUGGCGUGGGCCCUCCCCACGGGCCCCCUGGGUCCGCGCUGUGUUCGCCAUGCGUGUGUUCGCCCUCUGCUGCCGUCUGUCCCAGCUGUGUGAAUUCUAGACGGGGCAGUCUGGGACUAGACAGGUGUGAGGAGCCCUGCUGAGGUCACGGUGGGGCACGGUUGCCACACAGCUGUCAUUUUCCACCUGGUCGUUCCCUGACCACCACCGUCUCCCCUCACCCCCUCCCAGGUGGCCCGGGAGCUGCAGGUGGGGGUGGCUUUGCCCUUUACUGCUGCUCCCAGUGGGACCUGCGACCUUAAAGUGUUGCAGGCUCCUGAUUUGGGCAGAGGCGUGUGGUCUUCCAGGCUGUUCCGUCCCUCCUGCCAAUCUUCUAGCUCCUUGAGACUUGGAGGAUCUCCAGGCAGGCAGGGGUCCCAACCCCUGAAGUCUGACCAAUUACUUCAUUUUGCUUCAAAUGGCCAAUUGUGCAGAAGGACAAAGCCACAGUCACACUCUUCAGCGGUUACCAAACUGUUUUUGGAAAUUCACAUCAGGGACGGGCCCACUGCAGGCAGUUGACACAGCGUGGCCCGAGGGGCUGUGGAACAGGGCCCAGGACUACUCAGACACGGUUGGUUUUAGCGUUUCCUUUGUUCUUCAAAUCAGGUGCCCACAUCAGUGAUCCGCACAGCUGCUUCCUAAUAGAAAGCAUAAAGUAGGGUGAAAAUCAAGUGAAAGGCAGAGAUGUCCACACUCAGUUUUAAACUUUACCCUGAUGAAAAUGUGAGCACUGUCAGCAGGUGCCUGUGUGCGAGAGGAAGAGCAGAGCUGAAAACGGUCCAGGACAGGAGGAGGAAAUGAGCCCACAGCCCUCACACCUGAGUGAGUUAUGUGCCUCACCAGGUGAGCGGUCUUCCGAAGAUACAAAAGUCUGCUCCCUUUGGACGUUUGCCCCUGACAAGUACGGAAAGGCUUUUAAGUCUUCCGGCAGUCCACUUUCACCGUAACGGGGUCCGCCCCGAGCUGUAAUUUUUUUGUCUGUUCUAUUUUAUUUUUUUCACAUACUCCACAGCCAGCAUCAUGAGGUGUAAUUUUUAAUUUGAUCGGAACUGUUACCAAAAAACAACUGUCAGUUUGAGACAGGAGAAACGGAAACCUAUUUUUAUUACUUAAGACUUUAUGGGAGAGAUGAGACACUGGACGGUUUUAACAGAUGUGUAUUUAUUAAUGUCCAAAACACUGGAAUUUCAAAUGAGAAGAGUCUACAAUAAAUUAAGAUUUUUGAAUUUGUA